GGAAUUGAGUGCGUAAUGGGUGGUUUGCUGUUUAUAAUACGGACUUCGCACCGUGUGGGAUAUCAGCAGGGUGGAUUUUUUUUUACCAAUACCGUGUAGUAUGAUACGCCUGGUGCAUCCAGAACACAUAGCAACUACUGUCAGCGGACUUUCUGUACUGCAUACUCCAUUCCUUGCAUUCAAGUUUUUGGUCGGAUAUAUUGAUUGUUAUUACUGUACAUUGAGAGCUCCACUGAAAGGCAGAUACCAACAUGGAACGUGAAGCUGGUGAAGCGUCCCGUGGACGAACGAAAAGUGGGGCAUCAGCCCAGCGAUUUAAUGUGGAGACGAACAGCGAGCCCCAGGAAAUGUCAUGCUGCACCGUUGUUCUCUGGUUCUUCUCCAUCCUGCUGAUUAGUAUCACCUUCCCGAUUACGAUCUGGUUUUGUUUUAAGACUGUAGCCGAGUAUGAGCGGGCCAUCUUGUUCCGAGUUGGUCGUCUGUUACCCGGAGGACCCAAGGGCCCUGGUCUGUUCUUCGUCAUCCCCUGCAUUGAUGAGAUCCAAGUAAUUGAUCUUAGGACGCUCUCAUUUGAUGUGCCACCCCAGGAGGUGCUCUCUAAAGACAGCGUGACGGUGACCGUAGAUGCCGUGGUCUACUUCCGCGUACAAGACCCCACUAUGGCGGUGAUCAACGUUGAGAACUACAAGCGCUCCACGGAGCUGCUUGCUGCCACCACCCUGCGUAACGUCUUGGGCACCAAGACCCUGGCUGAGGUGUUGAGCCACCGUGACGAGAUUAGCAACACCCUGCAGUCGCUGUUGGAUGACGCCACCGAUCCCUGGGGCGUCAAAGUGGAACGAGUUGAGAUUAAGGACGUCCGCCUGCCAAUCCAGAUGCAGCGUGCCAUGGCCGCUGAGGCUGAAGCGUCCAGGGAGGCCCGUGCAAAGGUGAUUGCUGCAGAGGGUGAGCAGAACGCCUCCCGCGCCCUGAAGGAGGCUGCCGACAUCAUCGCUGAGUCGCCCAACGCCCUGCAGCUCCGUUACCUCCAGACCCUCAACUCCAUCUCAGCCGAGAAGAACUCCACAAUCAUCUUCCCGCUGCCCAUCGACAUCCUCGCUGGAAUGAUGAAACGUUAGUUCGAAUGGGACUGACCGACACAACCACGGCGGCGUCUUCCUCGAUGCCCAUUAUGGAGUCAAGUCAUGUGCAUGAAAAUACAAACAUUCAGGUUGUGACAUUAUUAUUACAUACACCAUUCACAAUUGCACGUUAUCCACUAUUUUUCGAUGAAAACGUCAUCAGUAGAUGUCGAUUUACAAUUUGAAAAGAAAAGAAACAAACCAAAAGCUGCUCGUUCAUUUGCUUUCUGAUUCCUUCUGAAACUAUUAUUAUUUGAAAACUGAAAACGUCAAGAGGAAGUAUUAUUGGCAACUGAUGUCCUCUGAAAAAAAUGGCUUUUAUUUCAAUUUUAAAAGAGGCAUUUUGACAUUUUUAAAAUCACUCUGCAUGUAUUUUUACAAAUUCUAAAUCUUAAAAUUUUAGUAAAAUAAUCAAAGAUGAAACCAACUGUUAAUCAUAUCAUCACCGCUUUACGAAUGUACUCUAUCAUCACCAUGUACAUGUAUACUGUGCCAUUUACUCGCGCGUAUUCACGUGGAAGAUAAGAUCGCAGCUAAGUUAGUUCCAAGAUGGCUGCCAUCAAAGUAUGGGGACUAGGCCGAGUCCGAAAUGUGUAAUUUUGUGGCUACGGUUAAGAUUUUGCCAUGGGGGCGCUACGGUGCCGUAGUCACAGGAAGCAUACCUGCUCGGAGACGGCGUGAAUUUACUUUGUGUGUAAUAUUUUUGUAAAAUUUCAUCACUUUUGUCGUGCAUUUUUAUUCAUGUUAUAAUGUUAAGAACGCUUUUAACCAAUUUCAAAAUUCUUUAUGUAGAUUUGACUAUCACAGUGAGACUCGCACCCAGCUGACUACUUCUGUCAUCAGGCUGCAAGUUUUUACUGUUUUCUAGUCAAAUUUAAAGGGUCCAUGAAAUGAAUUUUCUGAGGAACAUAUUUUUGGCAAGUGUCUGAAAAGUAUUCGACUUCCCCUGUUUCGUUUAUCUUUUUUGAAAAUUUCACUUCUUUAAACAUUUAAAAUUAUCCAUGCUUUUCGGGACAAGUGAGGGUGCUGUUGCUGUGAUGUCAUUUCAGGCAGACGCUGUUCAGUUUAUGUGUUUUCUGUUAAAAUUGUGAACCCAAAAUUGUGCUCAUUGAAAACAUUUGUGAGAAAAGUUUGCUUAUUGUCUUACUGACUGACACAACAAUGAAUCACCAAAGAAAAAGAAAAUCUACAGCAGCAAAGUAUCCAAAAUUCUGGCAACGUUUGGUGCAGAAAUAGCUGCAACAUUGAGGUUACUGCCUGAAUGACGUCACAACUAUGCUCAUGAAUAUGGAAAUUUUCAUCAGCAUAAAAAAAACAAAAAGGCACCAAAAUACCCUUGAAAAUGGCAAAAUGAAAAUUGAAACCAUGCAGGAUUGUAUGAGACACAAAGGUACUUGUGCUCUUUCAAGGAUAGCAUUAAAAAAAACAUUGCAUGGGCUCUUUAACUACAAUGUAUAGAGUGUUUUCAUAUACCAUAAAAAAAAAAAUUAUUUCCGUAUAUUGUAGUUUUUAAAAAUGAAAUCUCGAUUCGUAGAUCCUAAAUCGUUAAUGGCCAUGGUCAUUUAUUAAUAAGUGAAUCAAAUAAAGUUAGAUGGCCUGACAUUUGGAUCCAAGCAUUUUUUGAAAGCCAAAAUAAUUUUGUAAGUAAGCAGUUUUGCAACAGUUUUAUCCAUUUUCAAGGGAUAAUAAGUGCAGAUUUCUUGGUUGUUCUAUACCCGUGUUCUUCAGCAAAUGUUACGCAAUUUGCAUGUUUUCUUUAAUCAGAAAAAGAUACUUUUUUCUAUAAUGCGUGUAGUUGGGUUUCUUUUGCGCCCAUAACGCAAAAAAAAAUAACUGCGCAUCAAGUGUUAUAGUUGACGGAUUUUGUGUACGAUGUUUCAUGAAAGUCAAUAAUUUUUGUAUUGCUAGGGGGAAAAAUAGCAAUUUCAAAACAAAAUCUAAUUCUUGGGGUGACACUCGAAGGAAAAAAAAAAGGGACAGAAACUUUUAAGGCCUGAUUUUUCCAGGCCUGAUAGUUUUAUUGUUUGUAAUGUUUUUGUCAACUCGCCUUCAGAGCAACUUUUCAUUCUGAAAUGUCAAAGAUAUAACCUGACACGAAUAUUAAAAUUGCCAAAUACAAAUAAAUAUAUAAAUAUAGUAGGCUAUAAAUAUAGAAUUUAUACCAAGUUUCGACAAAUCCACGUAGGCCUAAUAUGUGUUUGGAAUUCAUUUGUCACGUAUCACACUUGACAUCAUCGUUAUCGUUAACCAAAACCCUGUAUUUUGUAUUUUUUUUCGUAUGUGUUACCUUUUAAAGUCAUGUACUUAUAGUACUUUGCACAUAUAUUUCGGUGUUUUUAAGAUUUUAUUCUAGAAUGAUGCCUUCACAAAAUGUUAUGCAGAUUUUCACAUCAAAAUCUAUAAUGUAUAAUAAAAAAAAUAAAACGUACGAAGAAUAUCA